AUGCUGCAAAAGCUGGGGAUGGCCGGCUGCAGGGUUGUGUCUCCAGCCUCUCGCAUUCUCUCGUGUGAUAACACAAGAAGCUCUGGCGUGGAGGAACCGGAUGAGUCCGACAAUGACAUCACACUGGUCUUUUAUGCACCUCCUGUUACCGCUGUCACCUUGCCUCCUACAGCACCUCCUGUUACUGCUGUCACCCUCCCUCCUACUGCACCUCCUGUUACUGUUGUCAUCCUCCCUCCUACAGCACCUCCUGUUACUGCUGUCACCCUCCCUCCUACAGCACUUAAUGUUACUGUUGUCAUCCUCCCUCCUACUGCACCUCCUGUUACUGCUGUCAUCCUCCCUCCUACUGCACUUAAUGUUACUGCUGUCAUCCUCCCUUAUACUGGACCUCCUGUUCCUGCUGUCAUCCUCCCUCCUACUGCACCUCCUGUUCCUGCUGUCAUCCUCCCUCCUACUGCAUCUCCUUUUGCUGCUGUCACCCUCCCUCCUACUGCACUUCCUUUUACUACUGUCACUCUCCCUCCUGCUGUACCUCCUGUCACAGCUGUCAUCCUGCCUCCUUCACCCUCCCUCCUGCUGCACAUUCUGUCACUGCUGUCACUCUACCUCCUGUUGCACCUCUUAACUGUGCUAUCACCCUCCCUCCUGUCACCCUCCAUCCUUCUGCUCUCCCUGUUAUCCUACCUACCUACAUCCUACCUCCUGCUGCACAUCACUACAUCUCCGUUUCACCAUCUUCAUUUCAUCUGUAUCUUCCUGAAUUAA